GGAGACAAAUUAGUGUAAUUUACACAGUUGAAGUGUUCAUCUCAUCUUUCACUUCCAACAAAAAGAACGUAAGGUUUAGUCAUUUACUAAACAAUACCAUCAUUCGACUUCAAACUUUGGUCUUGGUAACAUCAACUUUUGCUGGCUCCUGGUUAUACGUGAACUUGAAGUGUGGCUAUCAACAUGAUGAAGGUGUUUCUAGUUGUCGUUCUGGUGGUUCUUAUCGGCGCUGUUGUUGAUGCGGGCUCCCAACUGGAGCUGGUUCGUCGAGACAAUACAAAUCCGAUCUAUACCGACGGCCCAUACUGUAUUCAUGCCACGGGUGGUGGCUAUUGGUAUUCUGGUUAUACAGCCACUGCUGUACCGUGCUCGCCUACUACAUCAACCUAUUUCGUCCUUAGUACUGAGGGCUACGUGCUGUUCGACACGGAAAAUAACAUGAUAUUGACUCAAAACGUGUGUAAUAGGCUCGAUGAUUGUGAUACACAGCCCUUCCUUCUCAGCGAAGACAUCACUGGAAUUGGUGGUUAUAUUGGCACCGAAGUCAUUUUGGUUCAAGAACCUGGCAACGCCAACAAUUGGUAUUUGAAGAUCGAUGAUGUAAUGAAGAAAGUCUGCGCUGCUAACAAAUACCCUAUCGUCCUUUCAUUGUACCCUAAAGACGGUGACUGCCCGACGGGAUAUGUCGAAGCGGCCGUGGCAUGGCGCACUGAUGCUGGUUUACGCGAGUAUUAGUCCAGCCCCUUGUGUUAAUGAAAGUCGGCUCGCUCGCUUUAAGUUUUUUGAAUUUUUUCUUUAGCUCAAUAACAUGGAGCAUGAAAAACUGUGGAACUAAUUUUUUUUUCUGGAAAAUGGAAAAUCGCUUUUCCGGCCGGAAAAGCGGUUUAUAUGAAAAAAUUAAAAUU